AUGAAUCUCUUGUAUUUAGCGUCUGGGUGUUCAUUUAAAGAUCUUCAUUAUUUCUAUCGAAUCGGUAUUUCAACAAUAAGCUACAUUGUAAGAGAAGUAACAUCAAAUAUAUGGGCCAAUCUACAUAACAAAUUAAUGCAAUUACCAACUACAUCUACGGCCUGGGAACAAAUAUCGAAUGGUUUUCAAUCAAGGGCCAAUUUUCCACACUGUAUUGGUGCUGUUGAUGGAAAACACAUAAGAGUAAAAAUGCCUUCAAAUAGUGGAUCGAUGUAUUUCAACUACAAGGACUAUUUUUCAAUUAUAUUAUUAGCCGUCGUAGAUUCAGAAUACCGGUUUAUAUAUGUGAGUGUCGGAUCAUAUGGAAAAGACUGUGAUUCUUCAAUUUUUAAGGGAACAACAUUUUGGAAAAAGUUGACAGAAAAUGCAUUGCACAUACCUAUACCAAGACCUUUAAGUGAACAUUCAAACACAAAUGUUCCUUUCGUGAUUAUUGGAGACGAAGGUUUUGCAUUAAAUGACAAUUUAUUAAGACCUUAUGGAGGGACACAUUUAGAUAAGGUUAAACGUGUAUUUAACUAUCGAUUAACUAGAGCCAGGAGAUAUGUCCUGUCAAACAAAUGGCGAAUAUUUCAUAGACCUUGGGACGUAAAUGUGGAAACAGCUAUCUGGGUAGUAAAAGCAUGCACAGUAUUACAUAAUUUUGUCAGACAAAAAGAUGGAUUUGAUUUUCAAAGUGACCAGAUAGAACCAGAAAUAAACUGUUUUCCUAAUAUAUUAAACGCACAAUCAAUCAGAGGAGGCAGUUCUGCAAAUUCAAUCAGAGCAACAUUUGCUGAAUAUUUUGUUUCUGAAGUUGGAUCAGUUCCUUGGCAAGAUGAAUCUAUAGGAUUUUAA